AUUUUCCCCUCUUUACCCUUCUCUUUUUCUACAUACAUAUAUAUAUAUAUAAUAUAUUACCUUUUUUUUUUGUAUAUACACUUCAUAUCAGUCUUUUCUCUUUUUUAACAUUGGUGACUGUUACGUUGUAUUUAUUUUGUAGAGACCCAAAAACAAAAAGUGAACCAUUAUUAAGUUGUUGUUAUUUUGUAGCAGUUUGAUAAGGUUCAUUUUUUUAUUAUUAUUAUUCUCUCUCUCUCUCUCUGUCUCAAACACAUACACAUAUAUAUACAAACUGUUUUUUUUUUUUGACAUUGUUGUUCUUUUCCUAUACAUAUUUAUUAUUUUGAUAUCUUUCAUCAACAAAGAUGAUGCCAAGACUCUUUGAAGAAAACCAUUCUCCUAGUAGUCAAAGGUAUGACUUGCACCAACCAAAGGCAACAAAUCAACCACAGGGACAGUUAGCUGCUCUACUUCAAGGAAAAUAUGAUAGUGAUUAUGACUUAUUUAUGGCUUCGGGUACCUCCAAUUUAUUUCCCAAUGAUGAUUCUUAUGAUCGCUCCAACAGUGCUCCUCCUACUCAAAUAUUGUAUCAACAAAUGAAUGCUACUAUGCAUUCUAGACAUGGUAGUCAAACUGAAAGUUCUCAUGACAACUCUAUUAUCGAUAACUAUCAAGAUAAUUCCACCGGUGCAAACAAGUUUGAUACUCUUACAACUGCUUACACUCAAACCAAUGAUGCCUGGAAACAAUUAUGGGAAAACAAUGCAAAUGAAUAUGAUCAUCCUGCUGCUCAAUAUGCUCAACAACAACAACAUCAUCAUCUUCAACAACAACAGCAUCUUCAACAACAACAGCAACGGGACAAGCGUGGUAACAAGAUGAAAUCAAAUGAGGAUGCUAUGAAUCGACGUGGUCGCAAUUUGGUAGAUAUUAUUCAAGAGGAUUUCCCGCGGACGCCAUCACCUUUAUUUGCUUUGCAACAAGCUCGUCAACGCCAUGCUCAAUUAAAUGGUCUCGAUGUGGGUGAUCUGGAUUCUAAUGAUUAUGAUGCCUUGGCCACUACAUCCACUUCGUCUUUUCAUCAUCAGCAACAACAACAUGAUGAUAAUGGUGAUCCGAAUGAUCGAUCUAUGGCUAUGCUUUCAAUGAUGGAUGAAUCGGAACGAAGUCAUGCUAGCCGCGUCAACGCCCUCCGUGCUCUGUCUCCUCCUUUACGAAACAAGUUCACCAGCCCACCCCCUGCAAGAUCAAAUUCAACACCUCCUGGAAGACACUUCAAUGCUCAUGGUGGCACUAAUGUACCAACAAGUGGUGUCAACGAAAGUGAUUACAACAUUAACAUGGAACCUCAAACUGAAAUGAUGCUGAAACAGUUCGGAAACUUUGGUUUGAAUGAUGAGGAUGACUAUGGUGUAAUACAGCAAGCCCGUUACUUACAACUUCAACAACAACAGCAGCAGGCUCUCCGUAUGCAACAACAACACCAACAAAGUGGUGGAUAUCCUGGUUACUAUGGUGGCGGUGGCAAUGGAAGUAAUCUUGGUAGUCCUCAAUUAUAUGGUCAAAUGCAACCUUUUACAACGCCUCCACUAUCUUCCAUGUUGGAUAUGAACGAUAUGCAUGGUGAUGAUGCUAACCGUACUGACAAACGUUGGCCGACUGGAGACCUAUAUCGACGUCAGCAAGCUGCCAUGGCUUUUGGUCCUUCAGGUCCUCUUUCUGCUCCCGCUGGUUUGGAUCCCUCUGGUUUCCCUGACGGUCAAUUUGGUCUAGGUGUUAAUGCUGGAACGGAUAACAAGAAACUUCGUCCUCUUCAACAAAUGCAACAACAGCAGCUAUUGAUUCAACAACAACAACAGCAAUUGAUGGCAGCUCGUCAGCAAUUGUUACUUCAACAACAAAUGCAACAACAAAAACACGGAUCUAGUGGUUUUGGUGGAAGUGCUAGCAAUCUGAAUGCCAAUCAUCGUAUGCGGAAUAUGCCCUCUCAUCAUACUCAAGAUGUCGCCAUCUCACAUACUUCUGUAUCGUCAUCUGCUCAUCAUCAUCAACAACAACAACAGCAACAGCAGCAACAGCAACAACAACAGCAACAAGCAAAUAAUUCGCAAGAUAUGACGCUUAGCAUUCGUAGUCAACUCCUGGAAGAAUUUAGAAAUUCCAAGAACAAAAAAUACGAACUCAAGGAUAUUGCUGAACAUAUUGUCGAAUUCAGUGGUGAUCAACAUGGUUCUCGAUUUAUUCAACAAAAACUGGAAACCGCUAACAGUGAAGAAAAACAAUUGGUGUUUGAAGAAGUUCUUCCCAAUGCUUUACAAUUGAUGACGGAUGUAUUUGGCAACUAUGUUUUGCAGAAAUUCUUUGAACAUGGAAAUCAAAUGCAAAAAACUAUUUUGGCCAAACAAAUGGAAGGUCAUGUUAUUUCGUUGUCUCUUCAAAUGUAUGGAUGUCGUGUUGUUCAAAAGGCUUUGGAACAUGUUUUGACGGAACAACAAGCGAAACUAGUUAGCGAAUUGGAUGGAUGUGUUCUUAAAUGUAUCAAGGACCAAAAUGGCAAUCAUGUUAUUCAAAAAGCUAUCGAACGUGUCCCUGCAAUUCAUAUCCAAUUUAUCAUUGAUGCGUUCCAUGGUCAAGUUUACAAUCUAGCAACACAUCCUUAUGGCUGUCGUGUGAUCCAACGUAUGUUUGAACAUUGUACUGAUGUGCAAACUGGUCCACUCUUGGAAGAACUUCAUCGAUGCACGGGACAAUUGGUACAAGAUCAAUAUGGUAAUUAUGUAAUCCAACAUAUUCUUGAACGAGGCCGACCUGUGGACAAGGCAAUGGUGAUCAGCAAGAUUCGUGGUCAAGUACUUCAACUUAGCAAACAUAAAUUCGCAAGUAAUGUAGUGGAAAAGUGUGUAGAUCAUGGAUCCAAACGCGAUCGACAGCUUUUGAUUGAAGAAGUUUUGCAAUCAAGACCGGAUGGUUCUUAUCCUUUGGUGACGAUGAUGAAAGAUCAAUAUGCGAACUACGUGGUACAAAAGAUGUUGGAUGUGGUAGAUGAUGAUCAACGUGAACUUUUGGUGAACAAGAUUAGACCUCAUUUGCAAUCAUUGAAGAAGUAUACCUAUGGAAAACAUUUGAUUCAAAAGGUUGAAAAGCUAUUGCCAUUGAUCAACAUUACUGGUGAUGAUUAUCAAGACAACACUGUCAUUAACAAUCAAUCUACAACGACGACGUCGGAUGAAAUUGCUAUAGAACAACGAUCUAUGGCACCUGAAGAAGAUCGUCAAGAUCAAGGCGAUCAAGCCGUGGAAACAUCGACUAUUACCGCUACUGAAACCACCAAUGGCGAUGUGAACAAGGAAACGUUACAACAUGAAGCAUAAUGGCCAGUUUUGACUGUUAUUAUUAUAUAUUUUCGCCCCCUUUUAUUCUAUAUUCGUUUGUUUUAUUUUCUUCUCUUCUUUGUUAUCUUUUUAUUUUUUUUACUUUUAUUAUUUGUGUGUAUUCUAUUCUCCUCUUCCAUUAUAUUAUCUUCCUUCUCUUUUGUUAUUAGAAAUCAGGACUUUUGAUAGUUCGCUGUACAUGAAUUGAAUCUGUAUUCAUUUUGGAGCAAGUCAUUUUAUCUAUUGAUAGGGACUUCUCUAAUGUAUAUGCACAACAAAUAUAUCUUUUUAUAUCUUCGAUAUUUUGUCUUUUACUUCCCUCUCCACUAUUCUUUGUAUUUUCCCCUGUCCACAGUUUUUUUUUUAUACUAUUCUUUUUAUAAUAAAAAAAUCAAAAACAAUUGACAAACAAAAU